ACCUGUCACACAGUACUGUGGUUUGCUCUUUUAAUGGAGCCAGCGCUGUUCUACAGCCUGAGUCAUCCCGCAGGCUCGUAGGGAAAGCUGCGAGCUUGCCUUCUCCUGGAGCGGGAGCUGCGCUGUGCUCCAUGUCCUGGCUUUUUGAACAAACACUGCUGCCCAGUCCAUGGCCGUCCUAGGACAAUGUUUGCUUGAUCAUCAGUGUCUUUUACCAGGAAGAAAAUCCUCGAUGGAGUUGAACGACCUGGCACGUGAUCCUCCAGCACAGUGUUCAGCAGGGCCUGUCGGGGAUGACAUGUUCCAUUGGCAAGCUACAAUAAUGGGACCAAACGACAGUCCCUAUCAAGGUGGAGUAUUUUUCUUGACAAUUCACUUCCCGACAGAUUAUCCCUUCAAACCACCUAAGGUUGCAUUUACAACAAGAAUCUAUCAUCCAAAUAUUAACAGUAAUGGCAGCAUUUGUCUUGAUAUUCUACGAUCACAGUGGUCCCCAGCACUAACUAUUUCAAAAGUACUUUUGUCCAUCUGUUCUCUGUUGUGUGAUCCCAAUCCAGAUGAUCCUUUAGUGCCUGAGAUUGCACGGAUCUACAAAACAGAUAGAGAAAAGUACAACAGAAUAGCUCGGGAAUGGACUCAGAAGUAUGCGAUGUAAUUAAAGAAAUUAUUGGAUAACCUCUACAAAUAAAGAUAGGGGAACUCUGAAAGAGAAAGUCCUUUUGAUUUCCAUUUGACUGCUUUCUAUGAGCCCACGCCUCAUCUUCCCCUGUGCACAUGUUUACCUGAUACAGCAGUGCUGCGUGUUGUACAUACUUGGAACAACAAACUAGAAAUACUGUAUUUCCCCGUACCAACAUUGACUCCUAGCAGAGAAGUGUGUGUGUGAAAAGCUGGUUCUUCAGUCAUAACUUUGUGAGCCUAAAAGCAUUCCUUGCUGAGUUAAAUUGGGAAAUCAAAUGGGAAUGGGGAGAGUUCUGGUGGGUUUCAGAUUUUCUAGGGACAGUGUUGCUGAUCCAUGAAGGAUUUUAAGUGGAAUCCUUUUAAACUCAUAACAGUUAUGAAAAGCAAGGUGAAGAACUUGAAGCUGUUUCUGUAUUCAUUUUAUUCUGAAGGACCUACACCUUAGGUAAAUGUUAUGACCAAUGAGAAACUGUACCCACAUCCUGUGUUUAAGGUCUAAGUUUAACCGGUCACCAUUUAAAUGGAUUGGAGCUAUUAGUGCAUCAAGUGAUGUUGAUUUGUUUCAACUCUCUCCCUCCCUUCAUACUUUUUUUGGUUUGUAUGUGGUUUCUCAGUUAAUACCUAGCUAAUAGCUCUUAUUUUUCUUAAGUUUUUUAACUGCUUAGGUCUUUCUGGAUGUAAGGGUAAAAAAAAAAAAAAUCCAUAUGACAGAAAACUUGUGUGUAUUUAAAGACCCAACUGCUCCCCUGGAGCUUGUACGUUCAAGAAUGAAUUAAUCUGUGUAAUAAACUGAUUACUACAGUCAUUACAUAUAACUUUGUGUGAAUAGGCUUUUAAUUUUCAGAGCAGUUUGUUACAGGCUUAAACUAACGGUGGAUUUCUCUCAAAAAACUUUUUGGGCUGAAGUCGUGAAGCAGUUUGGUUUGCAUCACACAAGGCACCUGAAGAGGCAAACAGGAGCUGGAGCACUUAGAUGAAAUCAGGAUGUGUAGUGUGCCAGGAACUUGACUGUUAAACCAAAUAAGCAGUUUACUAAAUGCGAAUCAGAGUGACAUUUUACAAAGCCUGAUGGUAUUACUCCCACUUGCAUGGGACCUAACACAAUGCAUAUGUACUGUAGGUAAGUGAAACCUUAUGUAACUAAAAAAAUGGAUGUAAAAGGGUAAAAAAAAGAAAAAACCUACCAAACACAUCAGCACAAACUUUCAUAAAAUGUAGCUUUUACAUAAUUACUUUGCACUAAACAUUUGCAAAUGUUCAUACAGUUUUAAAUUGUACUUGUAUGUGUCUUUUUUUUUUUCUUUUUUUUUUUUUUUUUUUGGAACAAAGUCUUCACUUGAAUCUAGUGAAAAAAUGUAGUUUGAAACUUUUCUUUGUAUACAAGUGUAUUUGCCAGCAUCGUUGGUGUGACAGUAGGUGAGUCUGCAAGUUUAUCUCCUCUUAGUAGAAUUGUAACCCAAGCCAUCGGGCAGGAGAGGCUGGAGCCGCUGGCUCUCCAGCCACAGGGUCUGUCCCAGCCAUUCCCAAAUGCAUCUUGACACUCUUGCACAAACGAGGAAUAAAUGUCCACUGCUUUUGGUCUAAA